ACCAUCUACUAUACUGUUACGAUCACCUACGAGCCCGUCAUCUUUUGACAUAAGGCCCCAUCGUAACUUCAACACUGCUAUUCGCACCCUCUCCUACCGCAUUCUCUGCUUCCUCUCAAUUUGCACCGCCGGUACAGGUGGUUAUGCGAGCUUCAUUACCCCACAAUCGGCACUUUGUUUAGCCGAUUACCAUGGAUUCAUACUCGCCAGCUCCGGCCCAAGCAGGCGAAAUUGAUGCUCCUGAUCAAUCACUGCGGGCGAAAAUCAAUCAGAUGACUCAGGAGGCUGUUAGCCCAGAUCCCAAAAGCACCUUCGUCAACGACAUCUGGCCCAAACUACAGGACGAAUACGACACCAUGAAGGAGAGAUUGGAAGAGUUUUGCAAAGACGCUCUCAAGCGCAACGCUAUCUAUUGCCAAGUCAAAAGCAGAACUAAGGAGGUUGCUUCAAUCAAAAAGUCACUCGAUCGGCGCGAGGAGGCACUCUGGAAGCAAAGCAACAGCGGUUCGAGAGCCUCUCCGACAUAUUCCGCAAAAUUCAUGACCUCGUCGGACUCAGGGUCAUACUGGAAUUCGCUGACGACAUGGAGAGAGUCAUCUGUUUCGUCGAGGAAAGUUUUUAGAAGAAAGAGGAGCUAGUUAUUUUCCUCCCUAGCCGUGAGGUCGGCCGAUUCUAGAAAG